UUUUCUCUAAUGCUCUUUAGUACGGGGUGGCGUCGAUGGCGGUGUAGUGUGGCGCAGAGGACGUCCUGAUAUUGAAACUGCAGACCUCUGAGUGAACCUCACCAGCAGGAAAUACACCGGGUAGGCGGCGGGGAGCGCUUACGUCGUAAAAUUAUCGCCGUUGUUUAGUCGCUAGUUGAAGCCAGCCGAUUGGAAAGCCAGAAAACCCCAAGGUGGUGUAAACUUUCAAUAUCGUAGCUGAAAAACCUAAAUAUCCACGCCGGCAAAUGAUACAUAAGAUGCCUGGUGAAGUUGAUCAUUUGAAGCCAAGAAAGAGGAAGAGCAGCUCUGAGACCAGAAACUCCAGAAAGACAUCUGCUGCAAGGAGGAGAUGUGUGAAAAGUCCAAUGGCGAACUCGUCAUCUGAGAGCAGCUCAGCAGUUGGGAACACUAAAGCAGCUGGUCCUCUGGAGAGAGACUCCUGCAUCAGCUGUGAAUGCCACCAGUCUUCUGGCAGGAGGAGGUGCUCAGCAUCACCAGAGCAUGAAGGACAGGAAGGUAAAGAGAACACGCUGAUGAUGGGACAGGAUUCAGACAGCUGCGUAAUGAAUAGCAUCUGGGACAAAUAUGAGCCUGAGCAUAUGGAUUAUGAAGAAACAAGCAGAAUUAUGUUCCCAGAUGAUGACAGUAAUCAGAUCCUUCCUGUGGAGCAGUUCUUUGGAAACUUGGAUGCUGUACAGGAUUUUCCUGAAAGAUCAUCCUCGUCUUCUAGCCGCGCCCAAAGGAAGAACAGGAGGCGACAUUACUACGCUAGAGAGGACAGCGAUGAAGACGAGGUGGAUUUUAGCGGUGUGCAGCAAGACAACGGGGUGGGCACUUAGUGAAGAGUUGCCGCUCUUAUAACUGAGAAAGUUCUGCUCGUGAAAAGACAUUAAACCUCUCAGCACUUAGAAAACUACCUGCUCAAUCAUUGCAUUCAAUCAGUAAUUAGAUUUUUAAAAAGUCAUAACUGCAAUAGUAAAAUGAAAAUGGCCAAUGUGAGUAAAUGCAGUAAUGUUUGUGAAAUUAUUGCUGAAUGUAUGCUCACAUAAGUGUUUAUAGCACUUUGUGUAGAAAAUUGAAAUCCUGAGCGCAGCA